GGUAUAUCGCUCGCCUGAUAUGGUACUUGUUAGUCACGCUUAAACUCGUGAAAGUGAUAGAGCACGCUCCUCGUUAUCACUGAAGAAUCAUUCACCUUUCAAGUGGUGCUGACAAAUGAUCCAGCAGCGAUAAAGUGCCAUCUCAGCCAAUUCUUCCCUGAGAAAUGCCCAAAAAAAGCAGGUGAAAACAAGGUGAGACAGUGUCUUUCGCGAAGUGAAGUGACGAGGAAGAUUGUGUCGGAGGUGCUUAAUCAACCGUGUUGAAGGGUUGAGGUGGGAAGAUUGCCAAACAUGACACCUGUAAAUUCCUCUAUAAAUACCGUAGAAGCGAUUUUCUGGCUCCUGGCAAUCUGCUACGUCAUUGUGGGACUGACAAUAAAUGUUUUGGAGCAAUUCUUGCCAGGAUUUAUACGCCGGCUGCUGUUCUAUGGGAAAAUUUCAGGGAAUGGGUCAUCGAAGGGUGAUCUCAUGACACUUUUGCUAGUUCCAAAAUCCUGGUUUCGUCACUUCUACCUCUUUGCCACCAUCUGGGGCUCAAUAGUGCUAGUUGUAACUGUUAGAACAUUUUCCACUGGACAAAUUUUCACACUAUUCAGUGAUUUUCUCCAGUAUGCUUGCGGAAAUCAGAGAACUGUGCAGACCACUUCUUUGGAAACCAUCGUGGGGCUCCUUAUGCUGUAUUUUCACAUCCUUGUACGAUGCUUCGAGACGCACUUCACUCAAGUAUUCUCCAAGAAGGCGACAAUGAAUCUUAUUCAGUAUCUCAACUCCUUCUUCUACUACUUCGGCGUAGUAACUCUGCUGGUGUGUAAUAGUCAAGGAUUCGUUCCUGGAAGCUCUCCAUCCCAGCUCCGUCUUCAAGAUAUUUCCUGGCGUCUGGUCGUCUGUAUUGUAGUCUUCAUCUUUGCCUCCUACAACCAGUUCCGCUCCCACACAAUCCUGGCCAAUCUGAGACGUGAUAGAAGUGGUCGAGUGACCACAGAAGGACACUUCUUGCCCACCGGAGGCUUCUUUGAGUUGGUUUCUUCACCUCAUAUGCUCUUUGAGUGCCUCAUCUACCUCUCAAUCUUCGGGGUCAUCUACAGAAAUUCCUCCUGGUUGGCCAUUCUAGCCCUGGUAGCUGCCAAUCAAGUUACAAUGGCUUAUGAGACUCACCUGUGGUAUCGUAAAAACUUUCCAAACUAUCCCCUUCGGCGACGUGCCCUCAUUCCAUUUGUCUUCUGAUUUCAACAUCCAGGAAAACUUUCCACAGGCUUCCCUUCAAGAUUCUUAGGAAUUUACCUUUGGUAUGUGUUAAAUAAAUUUUCAAUUGCACUAGUAAUAAAUCUUUUUCUAAU